AGCAGGCAGCCGGAGGAAGCUUCCCGUUUGUGACUGACUGAGUGAGUGAAGCAAGCGGCUGCCAGCGAUGUCUUCAGCCUGCGCGGAUCUGUGCCGCUGUAAGAACGACAGGGGGCUGAGCAGUAUCCUGUACAAGCUGCUGAAAAACGAUGGCCAGGAGCUCCCCCUCGGGCAGCAGGAGCCUGCUGCUAGCUCGGGAGGUCUGGGACAGGGCUGUCCCUGUAAAACCAGGCGGAAAGUGGUGCUCAAGUGCCCUCACAUCACCUGCACAGCAGCGUCGGUUGUCCUGGCCAAGACGCUGAGCUUUGUUAAGAACGUGCCGUGUUUCCAGGCGCUGCCCUGUGAUGACCAGCUGAAGCUAGUCCGAAGGUGCUGGGCACCUCUGCUGGUCCUGGGACUAGCACAGGACAAAGUCGAUUUCGAGACGGUGGAAACCUCAGAGCCCAGUAUUUUGCACACGCUUUUAACCAACGGGCUCCCGAACAUCCAGGAGGCGAUGGGGCACCAGCGUUUACUGUCGGCGGCGGAGAUCCAGACCAUUCAGAGGUUCCUGAUGAAGUGCUGGAGCCUGGACAUUAGCCCCAAGGAGUAUGCCUAUUUGAAAGGGAUUCUUCUGUUUAAUCCAGAGCUCCCGGGACUGCACUGCACAGAAUACAUACAGAGCCUUCAGCAAGAAGCGCAGCAAGCUCUCAAUGAAUAUGUGAAAACCAUGUAUACACAAGAUCAGACUCGCUUUUUCAGCCUGAUCAUUGCGCUUUCCAUGCUGCGAUCCAUUACAGCAGGUGUUAUUAUUGAACUCUUUUUCAGACCCAUUGGUAAUGUCAAUAUAGAGGACAAGUUACUAGACACACUGUGUGCCCACAGCAAAACUCAAGCUGCAGGGAAAACGAACGCAUACUAAAUAUUGACAUUGGUUGAUGUGAAUAUGUUGUAAAAUAGACUAAGUUAUUUGUGUUUUUGCAGACAGUAUUUUUGUAAAGUAUAUAGUAUAUUGCUAAUCUCAAAUUUAAUGUAAAAUUUAUUCUGAAUAAAUGAACAUUAUCAAGAUCGA